AUGAACGGUCCACAACUCCCUAUAAAGACUGGCACUGAUGGUGUUGUCACUCCCAAGUCUGAAGCUGAAUGGAAUGAAGUUGAACAGAAUGAAGAUGACAAGAAAAAGGUGGAACUCAAUGCCAGAGCUAUCAACAUGCUAAACUGUGCAAUCAGUUUUGAGGAAUACCGAAAAGUUUCAAAAUGCAAAACAACAAAGCAGAUCUGGGAUAAGCUUCAAGUCACACACGAAGGCACUACUCAAGUCAAGCAAACCAGAAUUGACAUGCUAUAUAAAGAAUAUGAGAUGUCCUCUAUAAAGAAAGGAGAGUCCAUUGAUGAUAUGUUUGAAAGGUUCUCUAUCAUCAUUAACGGCUUAGAUGCUAUAGGGAUUACAGACUCUGAACAAGUGCUAGUGAGGAAGGUCCUAUGGAGUCUUACUAAAGAGCGAAAAACUAAGGCUGCUGUCAUAUCUGAGAGCAGUAACCUUAGUCAAAUGACUUAUGAUGAGUUGAGAGAAAAACUACUUGCUUACGAAAUCACUCACUUAAAAAAAUGA